AUGAAAUCGAUGCUUCAUAUUUUGCAGAAACGAGGUUCAAUGGUGUUGAUGGAGCCCAUCAAUGAUGGAAUGGAUAAAGUGUAGGAGAAACAUCAGGUUGUUCAAACUUAUGUGGAAUAAGUGAAUCCUAAAACUGGCAUUGCAAUAGAAAAAGAGGAAGAAAGAUUAAAUUAGAGAUAUUUUCAUUUAAUGAAUCAACUUGAGAGAUUAAAAUUUUAAAUAAUAAAAUUAGAAGAGAAGAAGAAAUCAUAAGAAGACCUUGAGAAUCAUCCUUCGGUUAAGGAAGUGGUUGGGGAAUUGCACAAGAUUUCUAAAUAUGAAAAGGCUUUGAGUGAAAACCAUAGCAAAAUGGUUGAUGAGAUUAAAUUAAAUAAAAUGACAAUUAAUCAGUUGAAACAGACUGUGUACUAAAAAAGAAUAGAAAUAAGAGAUAUUGUAAGAGAUUCGUUCAGAAUCCAAGAGGAGAUGAUUAAAAUAAAGCAAGAGAAGAGAACUGUUUCCAUCGACAGAAAUAGUGUUGAUAUGUUUUUAACAAUUCCGGAAACUUCCAUUCCCAAACCAUAGAUUUUGCCGUCUAUUCCAUUAAAGUAGAAAUCUAAAAGCACUCUGCUUCACAUAAUGAAAAAUGUGCAGUCAGAAAAUUAAUAAGAAAAAAUUAAUGAUAUUGUGUUUAUUUAUCGUCAAGUGUAAGAAUUAAGAUCUAAAACAUAAUAAUCUACUCGUUUCAUUUAGAAAGUGACAAAUAGAUAUUGCUAAAUUAAAAGUUUAUUAUAAGAAUGUGCUAAUAUUUCUAUUUAAAGUUUCAAAAACAAGCAAAAGAUCACUAAUAAAAAUGGUUAUGCCAAUUCUAUUUAUUUUGAUGUAAGUACUCUCAAUAACAGUAAAAAUGAAAGCAGCAUCAUUAAAGAAAGGAAAAUUCAAAACAUCUUAUAUGAUACUUUAUAACAAAUAAUGAUUGAUUUGAUAGAUUCAUAAUAAAAGACUGAUUUGAAUGGGUCAUCUAUUGCAGAUUCAAUCAUUCGUAAUUCAGUAAGUUAGGAGUAAUUUAUGCAAUUCACAUCAGUUUAAAUUUUAGGUUUGAUGGCCUUGCAACCUAGAUUACUGACAGAAUUGUUAGGAAUAUUCGAUUUAAAGCAAAAGUAGGUUGGGCUGUUGUGCAAUAAGACUAGAUAAUUGCAGAAAUAAUUAGAUAUUCCAUGA